UCAGAGAGUGGUCUUCACGUGCGAAUGUAAAUCAGCCAAAGAAAACAGAAGAAACAAAAAAAAAAAAAAACUACUGAAAAAGACCGCCCAAACCCAACUCUUUCUUGCUCUUUCUUCUUCUUCUUCUUCUUGAAUUGCGUUUGCAUAAGAUAAAAAACAGAUUUUUCGAAAACAGAGACUUGUUUAACUUUUCUAAGAGAGAAAGAGAUGGAUUUGAGUGGCUGUUGUAGUACUAGUUCAUGAGAAAGAGAGGGAGAGAGAAAGAAACAGAGAGAUAGAGAUAGAGAUAGAGAGAGAGAGAGAGAGAGAAGGGUGUUUAGAGAUUGUCGUAUGGCAUGCCUGAGAAAGACGAAGCAACGCAUUUUGAAGGGCUUGUUUUUCUCACUUCUUUUGCCCUUUUAUGCGGCCACCCCACCAACGCACAUAGCUAUCUUUACCGAAGAUUGAAUCCUUUAUUGAUGGUUUUCACUCUCUGCAGCUGCAAUGAAUAAUUUCCGAGUUUUCUCGCUGUUUGUCUACGUCUUCUUGCUGUUUUUGCCUCCGAUUGCAUCUCUCACCGUGCAGGCAUUCACUGGGACAUAUGGAAUAAAUUAUGGAAGAAUUGCUGAUAACAUACCCUCACCUGAUGAAGUUGUUACUCUCCUCAGAGCAGCAAAAAUAAAGAAUGUCAGGAUUUAUGAUGCUGAACAUAGUGUUCUCAAGGCCUUUAGUGGAACUGGUCUUGAAUUGGUGGUUGGACUUCCCAAUGGAUUGCUCAAAGACAUGAGUGCCAAUGCGGAUCAUGCAAUGGAAUGGGUUAAAGAAAAUGUACAAGCAUUUCUUCCUGAAACUCACAUUUGUGGAAUUGCUGUGGGAAAUGAAGUUCUAGGUGGAAGUGAUUAUGAAUUAUGGGGAGCUUUACUGGGGGCGGUGAAAAAUAUUUAUAAUGCUGUAAAGAAGCUCAACUUAGAUGAUGUAGUACAGAUCACCACAGCACAUUCCCAGGCUGUUUUUUCUAAUUCCUACCCUCCAUCUUCAUGUACAUUCAGAGAUAAUGUUGUCCAAUACAUGAAGCCACUUUUGGAGUUCUUCGCACAAGUUGGUUCUCCCUUCUGUUUAAAUGCUUACCCAUUCCUUGCCUACAUGAGUGAUCCGGAGAAUAUUGAUAUUAAUUAUGCUCUUUUCAAGUCAACCCAGGGGAUUUAUGAUCCAAAAACCGAUCUUCAUUAUGAUAACAUGCUUGAUGCUCAAAUUGAUGCCGCAUAUGCAGCUUUGGAAAAUGCUGGAUAUAAGAAGAUGGAAGUUGUUGUUACAGAGACUGGAUGGGCUUCACGUGGAGAUGAGAAUGAAUCGGCAGCGACAGUUAAUAAUGCAAGGACAUAUAACUACAACUUGCGGAAAAGGCUUGCAAAGAAGAAAGGAACGCCCCUCCGGCCAAAGAAUGUUGUUAAGGCAUAUAUUUUUGCAGCAUUUAAUGAGGAUUUGAAGCCUGGGGCAACUUCGGAGAGAAACUUUGGACUAUUCAAAGCUGAUGGCACCAUAGCAUAUGAUAUUGGGUUUCAUGGACUUGAUUCUUCCUCCGCAAAGUCAUUACUUUUAUAUUUGAAGUGACAGGGCCUUUAAUUGAAAUUCAUGGAGCUGUGUCUGCAACAGAUCUAAUGUCUUUAAAAAUAUGUUAACAACCAUGUUGUCAUGCAUCCCGGUAAAGGCUUCAUCUAGCUUUUCAGUGAAUGUUGUUAUGGAGGAUCGGAAGAGAUCCUAGAACAUUUCUACAAAACCAAAUACGAAAUCCUCUAUUGAGUGUUCACUGUCCAUGUUCUUGAAAGAAGUCCCAUUUACAGGUCGGCCACAGAAAUUUCAUAAGUGGAAAUGAUGGGUAGUAAUUAUUCAUCCAGAACUCUCUUUCAAUCAAAGGAAUUAUAUCUUAAUCAGCCAGGCGAAGUAUUGGACAAACAGCUUCAAUUUUUUUGCUUCUAUUCUAGGUCCCUGUUCCCUUUUGAGUUAUGUUGUGAACCUUUAUUCAAGGCAAGGUGCAUUUUAAGUCGAACUUGCCCUGUUGACAACUGCGUAUUUUGUUUUGUUUUUUCCCGCUCCAUGUAAACAUGUAUUUGGUGCAUUUAACCAUUUAUAUGUACGGAAAUUUUGAAACUAAGAAAAUGUCGAUGAAGAGUUUGUGAUACAUAUUCAACAUAAUGGAUCAUUUGUAUUGUUUUUCCUGCAGUUUACUUUGGUCUAUAAGAUGAAAGACUGGUAAUUGAAAAAGCAAAAGUUUUGAUUGCACUACUUUAUGACC